AAAAAACAUCAGUCAGUGUGAAGCUGUUGUACGGGGAGGGUGUUGCAGCCGUUGUGGGAAUCGAUUGAAGUGUUUUCAGUUAGAACCAUGUCUAACAGGACCGGAAGUUUUAAGAAUCCAUUCCAAAGGCCAUGGAUGACGGAAAGUGGCGCAGCGGCUGCAGCUGGGGGUUCAGGAUCAGUGGGAAUGAAAGGAGUCGUUGCCGGCGGCAUCACUGGUGGCAUUGAAAUUUGUAUUACAUUCCCAACCGAAUACGUAAAAACACAACUGCAAUUAGACGAAAAAGGUGGUACCAAGAAGUACACGGGCAUCGGAGACUGCGUAAAGAAGACCGUGCAGGGCCAUGGUUUCUUCGGGCUGUACAGGGGGCUCAGCGUGCUGCUGUACGGCUCCAUACCCAAGUCUGCCGUCAGAUUUGGCGUAUUCGAGCAAGCUAAACUAUACAUGGUGACCGACAAUGGCACUCUCAGCACCACUGGGAAGCUGGGGUGCGGGCUGGCCGCCGGCGUGGCCGAGGCCGUGUUCGCGGUGACCCCCAUGGAGACCGUCAAGGUCAAGUUCAUCAACGACAUGCGGAUGGAGAAGCCAAGGUUCAAGGGGUUCUUCCACGGCGUGAGGACUAUUGUUAGGGAAGAAGGUAUUGGCGGGGUGUACAAGGGCGUAACAGCAACUAUAAUGAAACAGGGCAGUAACCAAGCCAUACGGUUCUUCGUAAUGGAGUCCCUCCGAGACUGGUACAAGGGAGGCGACCGCGACAAACACGUGCCCAAAUACAUCGUCGGUCUAUUCGGUGGUAUCGCCGGAGCCGCAUCCGUAUUCGGCAACACACCCAUCGACGUCGUCAAAACCCGCAUGCAGGGCCUCGAAGCCGCAAAGUACCGCAGCACAUGGGACUGUUUCAUCAAGACCUGGAAGUCGGAAGGCCCCCUCGCCUUUUACAAGGGCACGGUACCUCGCCUGAGCAGAGUGGUGUUCGAUGUAGCCAUCACGUUCACUAUCUAUGACAGUAUCAUGGAUGUGUUCAACUAUGUGUGGAAGUAAGGGGUUAUGGUGUGGGGUACGCUGGUAUAAGUUACAUCAAUGUGUGUUACCGACUUGUAGGACUAAUAGAGUCCGGAUGUGUCCUGUCAUCAUCAGUUUAAUUACGUAAGUGAAAGAUAAAUGAUAAUGUUAUAGAAUAAUUUUAUUAAAUGCAAAUCAAGGCAGACUUAUUAUAUUAUGUCGUUGUUUUGAUAGUGAUCAUUUUACAAUAUAAAGAAAACAUCAUUGUUGUAACUUAUAAAAGUGACACAGUACACGUUUUUAGCCUAAAGGGCUCAAUGCGAGUGAUUCGCCAAUAGCUAGUAAGUUUGAUUUGAGCCUAGAUCUUAUAAACGGGUGGUAGUAGCUUGCACUCGUUAUUGAUAUAUUUAUGGAAAAUAAGGCUUACUGAGCGACGGGUCUUUUGACUACUUAAAUAAUAAUUGUUGUGACAAAUAUGACAAGACUUAAUUCCAAAACAUAAACAUAUUUAUUUUUGAAAAAUGUUGAAUAUUAUACAGAUAGAUAUUUCUCAUGACAAUUAAUAAUACGAUAUUGGCUUGCUUGCGACAAAAGACCGUUGGGAAUUGAAGAAUCGUUGUAGGAUAUAGCACUAGUGCCUUCGGCGGUAUUUUAGCUGUCCGCCCGUUUAUAACUUAGAAAUAGUCACUGUCACAUUUGAAGAGGACAUGGUCGUUAUCGAAUAUGCUAAAGAGAUAGCUAAAUGUGGUAGAUGAUAAGUUCUAACGCGUAUAGUUAAAAAUACAAUAUUAUCUUUUUAUCUUUCGAAUU